CCAGGCAAACCUGACAAUGUGACGGUGAUACACAAGAGACAAGGCACUCUUCUUCUAUACUGAGUAUGUGCUGUAUGUUUCAAAGCAUUUCAUCCAGAUUUUGCACCCAUGCAGGAGUCAUUGCCGGGUCAGUACUUGCUGUGCUGCUUUUUGGAUUCCUGGUCUGUGUGGCUGUCUUCAUUUGGCUUAAAAGGUCAUCUUUAUUCAGAAAAAAUCCAUUAAUUGGUGGAUCAGAGCAAUCCAGUAAAAAGCACAAUGCUAUUUCUAUUAUAACGUUUUCAGACCACUUCUUCCAGUUAAAUGCAGAUGAAGGCAGAGGCUUCAGCCUAGAAUAUGAGAGCCUUGCUUCUGUUGGCACGGACCAGACACGAAAAGCAGCUCUUCUACCUGAAAACAAGGAAAAGAAUCGUUUUACCAAUGUUCUGCCAUAUGACUGGUGUCGAGUGAAGCUAGCUACAUCAAAUCCUAAUGAGACAUCUGACUACAUUAAUGCCAGUUACAUGCCAGGCUUCAACAGCAACACAGAGUAUAUUGCCACUCAGGGUCCACUGCCCUCUACAGUCAAUGAUUUCUGGAGGAUGAUUUGGGAACAAAGAGUGAACUGCAUCGUUAUGGUGACCAACUGCACUGAAGGUGGACGGAUCAAGUGUGAACAGUACUGGCCUGUAGGAAGAAAGCCUUGUGUUCAUGGAGAGCUGUUGGUCACCACCACAUCGGAGCAAAAGGAGCGUAACUGGACACAAAGGGAAUUCAGUGUGGAAAACAGAAACACUUCACAAGAGCGCACAGUGAAACAUUUCCACUUCACUGCCUGGCCUGACCAUGGAGUCCCAGGAGGUACAGAAGACUUGAUCCAGUUCAGAGAACUGGUGAGACAACACAUAGACAGAGAAGGUGCCAAGGCACCCACUGUGGUUCACUGCAGUGCUGGAGUGGGGAGGACAGGUACUAUCAUUGCACUGGAUGUGCUGCUUCAACAGUUUGUGAAAAAAAGAGCAGUGGGCAUCUAUGCUUUUGUGAAAAAGAUGAGACUAAAUCGCCCAUACAUGGUGCAGACGGAGUCCCAGUAUGUUUUCCUGCACCAGUGCAUCAUGGACUUUCUGCAGCCAGAUGAGACUGAAGAGAACAUAUAUGAGAAUGCAGAGAUGAUAUAUGAGAAUGCAGACAUGAUAUAUGCCAAUGCAACUGCACUCCGGCAGCUUCAUUAACAAGACAAAAGCCUUAACAUGGUCAGCCCUGUCAACCUGGCCUUGUCUUAUAUGUCCUUAAUGUCAAACUAAUUCUAAAGUCUACAUUGUAUCCUUUGUUAUAAACUGUAAAUAUGAUAAAGAAGUAGGUUUUUUACAUGCAUAGCACACUUUAGACUUUAACUUUUUAUUUGUUGUUCCUCUCAUUUGGUAAAUGUGUAUUAUUAUUAUCAUUAUUAUGUAAGGGUACAACACUCCAGAUGAUGGCAGAAUGUUUACAGAUUAGAUUUAUUAAAGAUGAAAUGUAGGUAGAAAAGAAUUUCAUAUUGUGCAAGAAAGAAACCAUUUUAAACUAACAAAUACACCUGAACGUGUUUUUUACUAAGCCUGUACUUUUCUGUGUUAGUGUCAAAAACUGCAUUUCCACUGUCAGAGCCUAACUAGACAUACAUCCCGUGCUUCGUUUAAUCGUCACCUGGCAUAAAUUCACGGGUUGAUGUGGACCCUCUUGCUUUGUUUUCCCACUGUAAUGUGUUAAGUAUAUAGUGACUUCAUUGAAGACACCUUUGCAGCUUUAUCCUCUGUCUCUAAUCACCUCAACAUCUGCAAUAAAAUUUAUCAAAAUUCUAA